UCUACUAACUACUAGCCAAGGUUUAAACCCUAAACCCCUUUCUCACGAUCUUCCCCUCUCUUCUCUCCGCGACAUUAGCAAAGUUUUGAGAAAAAAAAAGAUGAAUUUGAACAACGUGAAAGUGCCGAAGGUGCCAGGUGGGGGUGCAGUAUCUGCGUUGCUUAAGAUUGGGAUUAUCGGUGGGCUUGGUCUCUACGGUGCCACACACAGUCUCUACAAUGUUGACGGGGGUCAUCGAGCCAUCAUGUUCAACCGUUUAGUCGGUGUUAAAGAUAAGGUUUACCCUGAGGGUACACACCUUAUGGUUCCUUGGUUCGAAAGGCCUGUCAUCUAUGACGUUCGUGCACGACCUUACCUUGUUGAGAGUACUUCCGGAAGCCGUGAUCUCCAGAUGGUGAAAAUUGGGCUGAGGGUUCUCACGCGUCCCAUGGCAGACCAGCUACCUGAGAUCUACAGGACCCUUGGUGAGAACUACAGCGAGAGAGUUCUGCCUUCUAUAAUCCACGAGACUUUGAAAGCUGUUGUUGCUCAGUACAAUGCUAGCCAGCUUAUCACUCAGAGAGAGGCGGUCAGUAGGGAGAUCAGGAAGAUUCUGACUCAACGAGCAACAAACUUCAACAUUGCUCUUGACGAUGUCUCCAUCACGACCUUGACUUUCGGGAAGGAGUUCACAGCUGCCAUUGAGGCAAAGCAGGUGGCUGCUCAAGAGGCUGAGAGGGCUAAGUUCAUCGUUGAGAAGGCAGAACAAGACAAGAGGAGUGCAGUUAUCCGCGCUCAGGGAGAAGCCAAGAGUGCUCAGCUCAUAGGUCAGGCAAUCGCAAACAACCAAGCGUUCAUAACGCUCAGGAAGAUCGAGGCGGCUAGAGAGAUUGCUCAGACCAUAGCACACUCGGCCAACAAGGUGUACCUGAGCUCUGAUGAUCUUUUGCUUAACCUACAGGAGAUGAACUUGGAUGUGAAUCCAAAGAAGUAGAGAGAGGCUUCUCAAGUAAACACAUGUGUGGUGGUUUGUGUUAGUCUUUUCAAUUCUCUUGCAUCCUUUGGAACAAAAGCUUAAGACCUUUGGAUUGUUAUCUACUAUUAUCCCAAGCUUAUAACCUUCGUCCAUUAAAAAAGGAAGAAGAAACUGUUUUUGCUGAACGAGUCAAAUGUAAUAAACUAGUUUUUGCAUUAAAAGGUUGCCGAUAAAAUAUCUCAAUGAAUUAAUGUACCAAGAGACAAA